GUGUGUGUGUGUGUGUCUCUCUCUAUCUGUCCCCUGUGUUUGUGUUUCCGCCUCUAAAUAAAAGCCUCAGAGGACAAAAGCUGAACCAGCCAAUGAGCGAACGGUUUGUUACGGUGUCCGACAUUUCUGGAGUCAUUCAUUGUAGCCCAACAGAUAUACCAAUGAAGAAAAAGCCUUGUAAUCCUCUGCGUCCCAGACGCAGCCGGCAGGUCAGUGCCAGUAAUGAAUGUGCUCUAGAGCCCGGCACUGUCCUGGGCUCCAACGCCACACCAAACUCUGAACCUGUCCCAGAAUCGACCUUGCACAUCAGGCACCUGGCUAUGUCGCAGCACAGUCACAACCUCCUCAAGUUCUUGAAUGAGGACCGGGCCCGUCAGAGGUUCUGCGAUGUGUCUGUGUCUGUGGGUGGGAAGCUCUUCAGUGCCCACAAGGUGGUGUUGGCCCACGGGAGCAGCUACUUCCACGCUGAGCUGUCCAAGAACCCUACUACAGCACACGUGACUCUGGACCAUGUGGAGAACUCUGUUUUCCAGCACCUGCUUGGCUUUUUGUACACCUCUGAGUGUGUCGUCGCAGAGUCGGACCUCCCAGCUCUAACUGAAGCAGCCCGAUUCCUGGACAUGAUGGAUAUACUAAAGCUGCUGUGUGAAGAAGGGGACAACAACCCAUUAUGUGUGGUCCAGAUACAGGAUGAGAUCACAGGGUCUCCUGAAGUAGAAAUGACCUCCAGUGACUCGCCAGCAGAUGACACAGACAUCCAGAACCCGUCUGAUGUUCAGUGCACCAUGUGCGGUCGCCAGUUUAGCACUGAAAGCUCCCUACAGAACCACUUGGCUGAGAGUCACACUGAUGUACAGCAGGACGCUUCAGCUGAGAACGAGAAUACGGCAGGUCAGAAGACUCCUACCACACGGAGGUCAGCUCGCAGGAGGAGAACACCCACCAAGUAUCAGAGAGACAAUGUGGAGUACACUAUCAACCCUCCUGAGGGAACACAAAGGACUGUAUCACUAAGACAGCAAGAUGAAGAAAGAGUGGAAAAAGCAGGAAAUGUCGGCGGAGUAAACCAAAUGCCCAAACUGGACAUUAACGAGACAUCUAAACCGGCUGAGGGGGAAGACGUAGCCGACAGGGAUGAGGAGGAAGAGGAAUUAGACCUGAAUGAGGACAUGCUUGCCCAGAAAGUUGUUGAGGUUUGCGCGGCAGGCCAGAGUGCAGAUGUAGAAGGGGCAGAGCACCAGACUGUCCGAGAGGUGGAGGUGGACGGGCCAGCGGCAGGAAGCUCCACCCAGAGUCCAGUGUACCCCGAGGGUUUGGCUCCAGUCAUCAUCCAAACCUCCACCAAGAAGACUCUCAAGUGCCCCAAAUGUGACAAGAUUUUUGACCGCGCAGGGAAGUAUGAGAGUCACACCAGAGUGCACACAGGAGAGAAACCAUUCCAGUGUGAUGUCUGUCUUCAGCGCUACUCCACCAAGUCUAACCUGACUGUACACAAGAAGAAGCACACCAGCGAUGCUCCCUUACAGAAGAAGGAACACAAAUGCCCCUUCUGUAGCAAACUCCAUGCCAGCAAGAAAACCCUGGCCAGGCAUGUCAGGAGGUUUCAUCCAGACCACAUCCAAGAGUUUUUUACCAAGAAGAAGAGGAAGAGUGAAGGCUGGAAAUGUGCUAUUUGUCUGAAGACCUUCACCCGCAGGCCUCAUCUGCAGGAGCACAUGAUCCUGCACACCCAAGACCGGCCUUUUAAAUGCUCCUUCUGUGACGAAUACUUCAAGUCCAGGUUUGCCAGGCUAAAGCACCAAGAAAAGUUCCACUUAGGUCCGUUUCCUUGUGAGAUUUGUGGCAGACAGUUUAAUGACACAGGCAACAGAAAGAGGCACAUUGAGUGUACACAUGGAGGCAAAAGAAAGUGGACCUGUUUUGUUUGUGGGAAAUCCGUAAGAGAAAGAACAACCCUGAGAGAGCACUUGCGGAUCCACAGUGGGGAGAAACCUCACCUCUGUAGUAUCUGUGGCCAAAGUUUCCGUCAUGGCAGCUCCUACAGGCUCCACCUCAGAGUUCACCAUGACGACAAGCGGUACGAGUGUGACGAAUGUGGGAAAACCUUCAUACGCCAUGAUCACCUGACCAAACAUCAGAAAAUCCACUCAGGAGAGAAAGCACACCAGUGUGAAGAAUGUGGAAAGUGCUUCAGGCGCCAUGAUCACCUGACCGUCCACUACAAAAGCAUUCAUUUGGGAGAGAAAGUUUGGCAGAAGUAUAAAACUGCUGUGCAUCAGUGUGAAGUUUGCAAGAAAGAAUUUAAAGGAAAGUCCAGUCUAGAAAUGCACUUCAGGACCCACUCAGGUGAAAAACCCCACAGAUGUCCUGAGUGCAACCAGACAUUUCGGAUCAAGAAGACCUUGACAAAGCACAUGGUGAUUCACUCGGACGCUCGACCUUUCAACUGCCCCCACUGCAGCGCCACCUUUAAAAGAAAAGACAAGCUCAAGUACCACGUUGACCACGUGCACAGCACCCGGUUUACUGAGCAGCCCCUGGGCACACUCAGCGAGGACAAAAUAGUCUCUGUUCCUUUUGAGGAACCCUCUAAGUCAUACCGCGCUGAAGCUAAGUCAUCCCUCCAGAGCACCCCUCCUCCUACAAAUGUGUGCGUGCCCGUCACUUUAGUUCCUGUCCAGAUUCCAGGAGUAGCGCAGGGCGACUUGAGCGCUCAUCGGGCCUCGACGUCUCUCUCCUCCCAAACUCAUAGUGUUGUGAGCAUGCAGGCUCAGGGACAGCAGCAGACCUCUGGCUACCAGGCCGCUACAGAUCUAGCAUUUUUAGAGAAGUACACUCUCACCCCUCAGCCCGCCAACAUCGCCCACCCUGUGAGGCCAGAUCAGAUGCUGGACCCCCGAGACCAGUCCUACCUGGGGACGCUGCUGGGACUGGAUUCAGCUUCCUCUGUGCAGAACAUCUCUAACUCUGAUCACACGCACUGAUGCUCCUCAGUCCAACAAACUUCAGUCAUUUAAUAAGACGAACAGAAGCUACUUAAUUAAUAAAUUAAAUUAAUAGUAAAUUUAACUUGAUUCAUUUUAGCUCUGGUGCUGCACCUCUGGGGAUAACUAGGGUUGUCGUGAUAACCAUAAUAAUGAAAUACCGUGCUAUUGAGAAACCAACCAUGGGGGAUGGCAAGCUACCACCAAAACCACAUGUAACGUCACAUCAUCACAUCAUGUUCAGUAUUUGUUUUUUACAACCAUAAGGUAUCCCAGAGCAUUGACGCUGUAGAGACUCGACACAGCAGAAACACUGACUGAAACCCUGCUACUCCGUAUCCCUCCCUCAGGAUUACAAUACCACACAGGAGAUAUUCACGGAGCCUCCGCCUCACUGGCUCUGGAAAACGUCGGACUGGAAACGCAAACGGGUCUGCAAGUUAUCCCAACUCUCUACACUUCCGGCGCUUGCGUCCUGCGGCUCGCCAGUGUUUCGAUUUAACGAGUGACCCUAAUAUGUAAACUAACUGGCACUUUUUUUUGGCUGAAAGUUAACAGGGUCACAGAGCCAGGAGGCAGAAGGAGGGUGAGUGCAAGUGAUUAGUACAGGCAGGUACUGAAAUGAAACAUUAUGUCACUGUACCUCUUAAGAUGUAGUUAGCAGAAACAACCCGUGCCGUUCCGCAAGGGAACUUCUUUGAUGCGCAGCCUGAUCUUGUGGGACAUGCACACCUUAUUGUCAUUCAAAAAAUGUAUUUGUGUAGAUUUAAACUGUUUUACUUUCAGUCGUAACUAAAACAAAACCAUGACAAAUAUCAUUAACUCCAUUAAAACUGAAAAAGACAGGAUAAAUGUUGUACUGUUAAUAAAAAGAAGAAAAAAACCCAAAAAUUUGAAAUGUUCUGAAAAGUGUGUGAAGAAAUUUCCAUUUUUUCAUAAACAGAUGUUGGAUGAUUUUAUGCAGUAUGUGUUACACAAAUGUGUUGUAUUUUAUAUAUUUAUAUUUAAUUGCAUACUGUUUUUAAUGGCUGCCACUUUCAUUGUACUAAUUACUUAAUCAUCACUAUCUUCCCUCUACCAUGUUUUUUUGUCUUUCCUUUAUUUGGCCCUAGUGGCUCUCUGUUGUUAUAUUGCCCUCCGAGUAUCCUGUUUUUACUUUGUCUGUCAAAGCACUUUGUAAACUCUGUUUUUAAAGGUGCUAUAUAAAUAAAGUUCUUCUGAUGAUGA